AUGACCUUCGAGGCCUCCGCUAGACCGGAGCGAACAGUCGCUCUUGUUUCAUGGACAUUAUCCAAGAAUCGGGUCAACAAGGCCAACCCGAAGACUCCAGCAGCGAAAUGGAACCGUGACAUGUUACGCUGGCUUGGGGAGGCAGUCAAAAAGGAUCCCGAAGUCGAUAUCGCUUCACUCCUAUCGAAGAACUACUCAGACAAGCUGAAAUUACUAAAAGCGGAACCCUCUCGAGCGAAAGGGGCCACACGCUCCUUUCCUCCUGACGACGUCCGCUCCAGAUUCGACGUGACCGCCGCCGUGUCUACCGUGUUUGAGCCAUCAACCGAACUCCAGCUCUUUCUACAGAACGAUAAAUCUCUUUCAGAAACGCUCAUAGACCUCCUAGAUGAAAGCGAAGUCCUCUAUAAGAGCGUGUGGGCAGCCUCUGUCAUGGUAUUCCGGGUCAAAGAGACGUUUGCCGUUAAAGUCCUUGCCAAUGAAGACAACGCAUCGACUGAGCAUCAAUCUCUCACAUACCUACGAGAACACUUGCCCGGGUUUCCGGUCCCCCAACCGCAUGGCCUGCUGCGAUUUGGGAUUUAUUCCCUCUUGUUUACGAGUUUUGUGCCGGGGAUCAAUUUGGAGACCGCAUGGGGCCAGCUUUCAGACAGCGAGAAGCAAUCCAUCAGCGCGCAGCUCAAUGCCCUCCUCUCCCAGAUGAGAUCCCUACCCUUUCCAGAUGGCAUGACAGUCGGUGGGGUUGGUGGCCUACCAUGUAGGGACAUUAGGCGUAGCACCCGCGUGAGCCGCAAGCCGAUCAUCAAUGACCAAGAGUUCCAGGAUUGGGUUUUUAGUGGAGCCAAGACAGUCUCCCCCGUCUACACCCGACUCCUACGCAGCCUACUUCCAACAUUGCCGGUGAAAUGCGUGUUUACACACGGGGAUAUCCGACCAGCGAAUAUCCUGGUCCAGAAAGCAGACGAUGGCUCAUGGACGAUUGCGGCUAUUAUUGAUUGGGAGACAUGUGGUUUCUAUCCAGAGUACUGGGAAAGUGUCAAGGCUACGAAUAUUUUAACACCAAGAGAGGAGUCUGACUGGUACAAUUACCUGCCUGAUCUCGCCUCUCCAAACCGAUAUCCGGUUCAGUGGCUGGUGGAUAGACUAUGGGAUCGUAACAUGGAAAACAGUUAG